AUGAGUACUGGCUGGAAUUUUAACUUUAAUCAAAAGUACGCCAAAAGGAAAAAAAAAGAAGAGUUACGAUACAUCAAAUUAUUUAACAAGAAGGGGUUAAAAACCUCAAGAGAAAAGAAUGACCUCUUUAGAGAAGGUUUAAAUUGUGGACCCGCUGGACGCAAUGCAUUAAUUAGAUGGAUUGAAUAUAACUACGAAUUGAAAAACGAAGAAGAAAAUGGCUAUCCAGCUGUUAGCGCUUGUAAAGUGUGGCAAAAUACUCAGUCUUUUCAAGAUAUUACCUUAUCAGGUUUGGUUGAUUUUCUUAAGUUCCUAAAUAUUCCUAAACAUAUAACAUACAAAAAUGUUUUCGAUAAUUACUUAUCCCUCAAGUUCAUUAGUAAAGUUAAAUCGAUCGAAAACUCGCAGAAGUGUUUAACCAAGCUUGCAAAAAAGAUGAUACUAAUGUUUCAAGUACGCGAAAUUCAACCACUGUUCUCUAUGUUACUAGAAAAAAUAGAUGUGAUACCAUUAGGAAUUUUAAAUAUUUUAAUAGAAGAAACUCCUGCAGCUAAAUAUUUUUACAAAAUAACGUCGAUAAAAGUAAGAAGGAAAAUAUGGGUAUUAUGCCCCGAUAAAUUUUAUGAAGAAGUUGAACAUAUAAUUGAAGAAAUAAUUUUAAGAAUGAAAUUAAGGAGUACUUAUGAUGAAACUAUUACUAAUUUAAUUAAUGAAAUAAUUGAGCUAAUUGGAGAAGAAAAUGAAAAAACAUUUCUUUAUAAUUUAUGUAUACACAUUAUACGAUUGAAAUGUUUGCAAUCUAUUUUGAAUGAAAAGGAAAAUUUUUCCUAUGACGCUUUACCUGACACGGUAUCACGCAGAGGUCAACAGUCUAAAGUAGAACCACAUGAUGAUAAGAUGUCACCUAUAAAAACGAAGAUGCAUAAUAUUAUAAAUGAAGAAAGUGUAUCCCCUAAAAAUAAUACUAUUAAAAAGGAGCACAGCGAAAUAGAUGAAACCAUUUGUGAAAUGAUGUUAAAUUCUAAUUGUUCCUCUAGUUCAAUAUCAGAUAAUAUUAACAACAAGCUGAAAAGAUUAGAAAUAUGUUUUGAUAAAAUUAUGAACAAAAAUGAAAAAUAUGAAAAGAACUCAUGGCGCUAUAAUGACAAUUCCAAGCUAUAUUUUAUAGCUCUUCGUGAAUAUAGCCAAUAUAAUACUUCAUUUCAGUAUUUAAAGAAAAGGAAAAAUAAAGAAAUACAUGAUGAAGGUAAUAUAAGGCGUAUGAUGAAGAAUAAUAAUAUUAGUUUAAAUAAUGAUAAAAACAAAAGAAGGGAUAUUUGUAUAAAUAAUAAUAAUUACAGCAAUAAUUAUUAUGAACCGAAAAGUUCUCAAAAGAGAAGUUUAAUUAUAAGUGAAGAAAAGAAAAAAAUGAAAAAAGUGAAAAUGAAUUCAAAUAGUUUUAAUGAAGUUAAUAUAUUUAAAAAGGGUUGUUAUUCAAUGGAAAAGAGUCGCAGUGAAAAUAAAAACAAAUAUGCCCCUAUGAAAGAAGUUGAGAAGGAAGAGGACGGAAGUGUUAUGGGAAAAAGAGGCAAGAACAAUUCAAACUGCAUUGGUGUCAAUAAUGUGAAGGAAAAGGAGAAAAAAGAAGUAUCUACGCAAAAUUACACAGACAAUAUGAGUCAUAAAAGGAACAUGAAUGAAAAUCAUCAAAAGAAAACAUUGUUACCUUUUGACAAUAUGUUCUAUAGCAAUCUUCGCAUAUUGUUAUGUUUACAAUACAAGGAAAAGUACAAUGUAAAGGACGAAGAAAUGUUGGUGAUAGACAAAUAUUUUUACAUUGUUGAAUUUAUAAAUAAUAUUAUAAGAGAUGGUAUAUUAAAUUUUUCAAAUGAAAUUAAAGCAAACGAUAUAAUUAAGAAAACAAAGAAUUAUAUUAGAAUAAACAAUAUAGAUGAUUUGUGUGAAUAUUCUUUAUUAUUCAAUAACAUACAUUUGAAAUUUUGUAUUAUUGAAGGAAUUUGCUUCUAUUUUUAUAAAAGUAAUUUUGAUAUUUUAACACAGAAAAAUAAUAUGAAUUUUUGGACUUCUCUUUUCUAUUUUGGUAUUUAUAACAACUUUUUCUCUUUAAUUAAAUACGCCAUAGAUAAAAUUGAAUAUAAAGACAGAAAAAAAAAAGUAAAGAACCUUUUUGAACAAAGGCGCAAAAUUAUGUUGAAUGAAAAUGAGCAGCACAAACAUAAAUACUGCAGUGAGAAUAUACAUCAGACGCUAAUUGAGCAGAGGAAGGUAGAAGAAAAGUUAACUGAUGAUAGUGUAGAGAAAGACACAAAUGAUGAAAGUGAAGUAAAUGAUAGUGAGGGGCGUGCUGAGAGUAAACAUGGAUAUGAACAGAUAGAAUACUGUGCUGAAGUUAAGGACUAUUGUUGUGGUGAUAGUGUUCCCUGUGAGACGUACAUAAAUGACGUUGAAAGUAAGGAGAGUUAUCGUAAUAGCCCAAACAUGCAUAAUUCGGUAGUAAAUGAAUAUGAUAGCAACGUAAAUAGCUACUACGAAGAAGACAUAUGUUAUGAUAAACUAUACAAUAAAAAGGAAAGAGAAAACCAAGAACGAGCGCAUUUUAAGUACAUGCAGUGCCAAGAGGAAGAAGAAGAAGAAGAAGAGGAAGAAGCAGAUGAAGUAGACGAAGUAGAUGAAGAAGUAGAUGAAGCAGACGAAGAAGCAGAUGAAGAAGAUGAAGAGGAUGAAGAAGAGGAAGAAGAAGAUGAAGAGGAUGAAGAAGAGAAAGAAGAAAAGGAAGAAGAAGAUGAAGAGGAUGAAGAAGAGGAAGAGGAUGAAGAAGGAGAGGAUGAAGAAGGAGAGGAUGAAGAAGAGGAAGAGGAUGAAGAGGAUGAAGAAGGAGAGGAUGAACACGAGGAGAAUGAAGACGAAGAGAAUGAAGAAGAAGAAAAAGAAGAAGAAGAAAACGAAGAGGAAGCGGAAGAAGAAAAAGUUGCGGAUGAACAGGAAGAUGAAAGUGUUGAGGAAGAUAAGGAAGAAAUGGAAAAGGUGUAUGACCGCUACCAUUACAAGCAGGAAAAGAUAAAAUUAUCUCCUUUCAGCUCUAAAUUGCAAAUCAAUAAUCCCUAUGGUUGGAAGAAGAAAAAAAGAUAUAGAGAUUCAUAUUUUAAAGUGGAAGCACAAGACUUGAAAAACCUGAGUAAAGUAAAAGCAGAAUUUACAACAAAUAAUGCAAUUACAUUAGAGGAUAUAAAAAAUAUAAAAUACAAAUUAUUUCCUAAUAAUUGUAAAGACAGUUAUUUUAAAAUACCUUUAAUUAGUGUCCUAAAAUAUAUAGUAAAUCCAAUUAAUGGACAAAGUACAUUUCUCUCCUUUUUUAACUUUUUUGAAGAAGACAAUAGUAAUAUAGAAGAAUUAAAGUCAGAUAAGGAGAAAAAUAGUAUUUUAUUAUUGUCAGCUUUAUUAAACAUACCCCAAAUUGAUUAUAUAAAAAUAAAAAAUUUUUUUACAAUAAUUGAUGAGUUUUUUUACCUCGAAAAAACUAAUUUUAGAAAUACAUCAAAUGGUAGUAAUAUGAAAGAUGUUGUCUUUGUUCCUGAAAAUAUGAAUGAAGUAAAAAGGGUAGGAGCAAACAAAAAAACAUGGGCCCCAAAUGAUAUUUUUAUUAGGGAUAGUAAUUAUUACAACGAUCAUUGCAGGAUGGAUAAGGAAAAACUGGAGAGCAAUACUACCACAUUCACGUACACAACUACAACUUCUGCUACGACUGCUACUACUGCUUCUAUAAAUAAUAAUUAUAAUAUGAGAACAAGCCGAAACGAUGCAUUUAGCGAAAUGAGCUAUAAAAGAGACUUGCUGAAAAGUAAUUGUGAAUAUGCAUCGAAUUUUGAGAAAGAAAUAAAAUGGGUUAAAUACAAUGAAGAGAAAAUAAACAAUUCAGACGGUAAAAGUAACAACAUUGCUCUGUUAAGGGAUAAAAAUACAUUUGAUAGUAUAGGGAAAAAGCUAGUGAAUCAUAUAAAAGACAUGAAUAAGGCAAUAAGUGGCAACCAAUUUUUAAUAAAUAAUAAUAUAAGUUCCUUAUGUGAGUACUUAAAUGAUAUUAGUAGUGCCGAUAGUUCUAAUAAUGAUAUGAACGAGCAAAACGCUAGUGCCAUGCAUGGUUCUAAUAGCAUGAAUAGCACUAUUAACGCCAAUAAUGUGAAUCCCAUGAACGGAGGAAUGACUCUGUUAAAAGGAGAACUGGGUGCUACAUCUAAGAAAGUUACAAAGGAAAAUAAUAUCUGUUCAAUUAGUUUAUUUUGUGAAAUAACAAAUGAAAUUGUUCAUAAGUUAACCAAGUGCAAAGGUACUACGUCUACUAGUACAUCCAGAGCUACAACGAUAAAUAAGUACCUCCCGUAUAUUCUAAAAAUAUGCUUCCUAAAUCUAGACUUUUUAAAAGGAGAAAAGCUAAUAAAUAUGUACAUAAAAUAUAUGUAUUUAUAUGAAUAUUUAUACCAUAUGAUUUUAAACAGAAUUCUAUAUAUUAGUACUGUUAAAUCGUUUCCAUUUUUACAAAAUAUUAUAUUAAAGGAAUUACAUUUUUAUUUUGAAGAUUUUAAAAAUAGGAAAGUUAAGAAUCUGUGGAAGUUCUAUUUGUAUGUUCAUACCUUAAUUGAUAUAAAUAAAAACAAAAAUAGUUUAAUAACUAAAUUGUUUCAUAAUAAUGCUAUUGAAUAUUUUAUAAAACUUUUUUAUUCCAUAUCAUUUUACAAUCCAGCAUUUUCCGUUCUUUUUCUGAAGCUUAUUGAGACCCCAUUGUUUUAUAGGAAUAUUGAAAAUAAGAGAGAAGAAAUAUUACAAAAUCUAUGGAUUGGAACGCAUGAACGAUCUUUUGCAAAUAUGUCCCCAAAUAAAAAAUGUCGUAUUGAGUAUAAAUUUUGGUUAGACUCGUACAAGAAAUUUUCCGAAAGAUGA